CAUAUAAUAAUGAUGCACAGUAGGAACCAACGGUGACUUGUGUUUCCACGUGCACCUUUGCACGGCUCAGCAGAGUAAGCAGAGUGAUGUGGUGCGUCUACCUUCAGAGGAGACCCUUCCACUGCUCCCUGAGCUUCAUGAAGAAGCAGACGGGGAAGACUCCCGCCGAGCAGCGCUGGCUGCAGCGGCAGCGCAAGGACCCGUAUGUCAAAGCGUCCCACGCGCAGCACUUCCGGUGCAGGAGCGCCUUCAAGUUGCUGGAGAUGGACGACAAGUUCCGGCUCCUGCAGCCGGGCCGCAGCGUGGUGGACUGCGGAGCUGCACCCGGAGCCUGGAGCCAGGUGGCCGUCCAGAGGGUCAACUCAGCCGGGACAGAUCCAGCGCUACCUCGCGGUUCGGUCGUUGGCGUCGACCUGCUGAACAUACCGCCUCUGGACGGCGCCCACUUCCUGUCCAGCCACGACGUCACCGACCCCGCCACGCGGGCCAAGCUGCGGGAGCUGCUCCCCGGCGGCCGCGCCCACGUCAUCCUGAGCGACAUGGCGCCCAACGCCAGCGGUUUCCGGGAGAUGGACCACGAGAGGCUGGUGGCCAUGUGCCUGUCUCUGACGGACCUGGCCGAGGGGGUUCUGCAGCCGGGCGGCUCGCUGCUUUGUAAAUACUGGGACGGGAUCCUCGCCCGCAAACUCCGGGAGGAGCUCGCCGGCGUGUUCGGCAACGUUCUGACUUUGAAGCCAAACGCCAGCCGGAAGGAAUCGGCUGAGAGACGUAACACAGCGGCCACGGCAAAUCCGUCCUGAUCCAAAGCAUCUUCAGCGCGACGCUCCAUGAGAGCCCCGUCUUCUCCGCCGUCGGUUCGGUCCACGCGGCCCGUCGGCUUUUUGCUGCGGGAAGCGAUUCACCAGUCGCGCUCGUGCUGAUGAAUCCGCGCUGGUCAGCCGCGUUGAAGUGUACGUAAUCACUCUCCCACUGGGAGCUUAUGGAGGGGCGAGCUAAUGCAGAGACACGCGUACGGCGGGGCGGGGGGGGGGGCCCAACGGGUCCAGGUGGGGCCGAUACAGAGUCUCGGGCCGUUCGGGCAGACUGAGGAGUUCCCCUUAUGGGUCUUCUCUAAAUCACCGUGUUGGACACUUUGGAAAGGGGCCGUUAAUUCGCUUUGUUCCCCCGGUCUGUUUGGCGGUGAUCUGAUCCCGGUGAUUCGAUCCCGGUGAUGUCACCGCGCAGAACCACCGGCGAUGGAAUAAUGGAAUAAGAGGACGUUUCCUAUCAAAGCCGCAUCAAGGAAGACACCACUCAUGAAUUUGACGUGUCACAGGGGCCUGUGGAGGGAUUCGCAGCAUUGUCUAACGGUGACAUGUGUGCCUCAGUGCCUCCUUUUUUAUUAGCGACGUCGUAUUUGAGCCCCUUGCUCUCUCUUCUUCAGUCGCCAUUUUUCUUGUGCAUGUUCAAAUAUAUAUAUAUAUAUUUUUUAGGCAAAUUUAUGCCUCCAUUGUUGGCAAAGUGAGAUCAAUAACAGCCUGUUAUAAAACAUAAUUUUUCUUACUUGAUUAAGUCUCUGACAAGUUGAAAAAUACAACACUGUAUUUCAAAAUAAAAGGCAAGUAGAUGAUACUUUACAGGAGUCCUUGUUUUACAGUGUUGGCUGGGCUUCACUUUUGAUGUUUUGAGUCACAUAAACCUCUGAAAAUGGCUCCUUGAUGACUCUUUAGGAGCCGCUUUAUGAGCCCGCCUUAAAUCACACGGCCUGACGUUUGGAGGGAACAAAAAUGCUGCUUAAUUGCAAACUCGAGGAAAAGAGUCCGGGCGAGGACUGAUGAAAUAUCGAUACGGUUCUAUCUCUAUAAACACUUUAUUGAUUCUCAAAUCCCCUUUUUAACCAUCGAUAGUUUACAACUAUCAAUGUAUUAAAGUUGUGUGGUAGACCGGAGCUCACAUAGCACAAAAUGUGACGUUGGAAGUUAAAAGUCUAUCAAAAGAUGCAGAUCUCACCGCACUGCAUGCAAUAAAAAAAAAAAAAAAAGUAAACUCUUGAGUAUAUGAAUGUCAGUGUUUUCCUUUUUUAUACGAAGUUUUCUUAAAAUCGAAGAAAUCCUAAUCUCUUUCAUUAUGAUAAUAUAUUGAAGCCCCGUCAUGAUUCAUGCCGCUCCAGCCACUCGGCAGAAUUAGGCUGCUCUAAAGCUGACGAGUUUAUUCACUCAUCUGUCUUUUUGAAAGGAUUUUUGUCACAGCAGUUGUCCCUCAACUUGUUAUUAUGAUGGUCUUGGUUUUCACUUUAGACAUAAUUACCUGAAAGUCUUUGGAUCCCCGGUAAAAGCAUGCAAUUACUGGGGUUUAACCUUGUUUGAUGGUGGGUUAAACCAUCUGCUGCUCUUGGAGGGGGGGGGGGAAGAAACGUUGUUGCCCACAGGAGGCAACAACGUUGCUUUAUAUGCAAAGAAAAAAGUCCAUAAAAAUAGUUUAUUCAUCCCGCGAUUAUUCAUUAAAGUCCCUGAAAUUAAAAAAUAAAAAGAAGCAGAUAGAAAGCAGUGUUUUAUUUACAGGCGUUUGGGCCCUUUUGGUUCGACCCACCUUUCCCAUCACCGUGAGGCCGCUGUUUCGUUCACAGAUUGAUGACCAGACGGGAGGAUGUUGAGGAUGCUGCAUAAUGCCGCAGAUAACCUUUUGAGAAGAGAUUAUGCAUCUGUAUCGUACUUGUUUUUUAAGAUUAAGUGAAUUUAGAUAAUACAAAUAAGACAUUGCACUUUCUGUAAUUCAAUCGAGUCAGUUGGCCUUUCGGUCUGAAUUUACGCGUCUAUUAACCUAACGGUAAAUUACACUUAAACAAACUCCCUCAUAUUACCGACAACGUAUCGUAUUGCUCGUAACUGGAUCUUUUGGAGUCUGAUUGAGCCACAAAAUGAAAACUAGAAGCUUAAUCAAAUUAGCAUUUAUGGCAGCAAAAGGAAGAGAAUGAAUGAAUUCACAAGGCUGCGAUUUGGUCUUUCUGUCUCCGGAGUGAUGAGUAAUGCUGUAAGAAAUGAAACAUUCACGCCUCCUGGUUAAAUAAGCCGCAGAGACUGACCUCCGAAGAGGAUUGUUUGGUAUAAACGGAAGCAGCCGAAGCGGAAAGAUGCAAACAGAUGAUCAAUUUUACCUCUCAUCGCUUGUUGAUUAUUCACUUUUUUUGCUAUUUAGAUUCAAAUUAUUUCUAAAUUACUCUGGGAUUUAUGUUAAUUGCACUGAGCGGAGCAGCCAGACUGGAGAUGAAUGAUGAUUCAUUCACAGGUUAAUUCAUUCUUCUCCAGCUGCAGGUUCACAUCCAAAUAUUAGUAUUUAAAAAGAGAAAGAACUUGAGAUUUCUCUGUAAUUGACUCAAUUUUAAUUUUCAAAACAAAUCUGCAGCACAAAAAAAAAAAAACUCUCUUAAACCGCUGCGAUUAGUUUCCUGUUGGACGGGCUGAAGGUUAUUAUGAAUAACACAUGUACAGAUUCCUCUAUUUGCUGUCAGAGUCCCCCCCCCCCCCCC